CUCACUUCAUUGCAAAUAAAAUGUCUAAGCUUCCUAUUGUUUUGGCGCUUCAAAUUAUUAUUUUGUAUCAAUUUACUGCCUCUAAAUACAUUAGUGAUUAUGGGAAUAUUCAGGAAAACCGUCUUAAUUUAGAUGAAGUACACAGUUUCAAAAAUGUCAUAGUUUUGUAUUAUAAUAAUGACAAUCGUUCUAUAAGCGACUUGUGGAAUAAUAUAAAACAAACAGCCAAAAAUGUUUGGGAAUCUGUUAAAAGAUUGGCAAAAGAUACAAAAGAGAAAAUAAUAAUCUGGUCAGAACAGGUUAAAGCGAAGGCUGAGCAGAUACGCCAAAAUUUUAAAAAUCAUUUAAAAGAGUUGAAAACCGAAAUAAUUAUUACGUUGCAAAACCUUUUUGGUAACGAUGGCAUUGUGAAAAAAUGUUUGGAGAAACAAAGUGUAAAAAUCGAUGCAAUUUUAAAAAACAUUACAACUGACGUUACAUCAUGUAUAUCUGACAAAAUCAAUCUUGGGAAUAAACAAAUGAAUAAUCAAUGUUUUAACUUUAAUGACACGGAAUUCUUACUAAAAGUAGAAGCGAAACUUAAUAAAUGUGAAGAAAAACAAGAGCAAGUUGAAGAGUGUUUUGAUAAUAUUAGGAAAGAAAUAGCAGAAGAAACGAAUUAUAAGGAAAAUGAGAUACUAAAAGUAAGAUUGGAGUCGAGAAACAUUGCUGAUGAUAUUUUGGAUGCUGUAGUUACAUGUUCCACAGAGGGCCUUAUCGAAGUGACAAAAAUAGUUACAUCCGUUGCUCUUGAAAUAAUAAAUUGUAUUGUACAGGGCUGAAUUUGCUGAAUUGUCAAUUGAUGUAUUCUUAUAUAAAAUGUAUUGUUAACAAUGUAUAAUUACCCAAUAUAUUCACGAUUCUUCAAGUAACUUAAGGCUAAGUUCAUGUGACCGCGCGGAAACCGGGGCGCCGCGCGCGUUUUUAGGAAUCGACAAUCCACAUGACAGCUUCGGUACGACUCGGCACUGCUCGGUUAUGUAAACGAUAAUAACCGUUUGCUUUGAUCUUGUACAGCGCGGUAGGUACUUUCACGCAGUACCGCUCGGACAUAUGAACUUAGCCUUAAUAUCCUCCUGAUUUUACCAACCCUAGUUGUAUAUCGAUUCUUUGGUAGGCAACGAGUAUUGUUUUAAAGCUUUUAUUUGACUAGCUGUGUAAGCAGUUUUGCUUUGUCAAUAAUAAAUCUAAUAAAGUUAUAAGUAAAAAUAAGGCUCUUUGUUGUAUUGCUUGUGAAAGAGCCUUGGUAGUUUUUUUAGGCUCCAAGCAAUACAAUAAUUAAAUUGUCGUCUCCGAGUACGAUAUCAGUAUUGACUUAUAGACACUGAUUUUCUGUUAUGUAUGUCAAGCAUUCUCUUUAUUAUACUACUCAUCAUCAGCCGGGACCAACGGCUUAACGCGCCUUCCCAAUCACGGAGGAGUUCGCGAUACUAAGUUUUUGUUCACCCGUCCAAUGAGCAAGCAUUGCGAAAGUUGCUUAAUUUCUACGAUUGCAGGCCGAACGCGCUAACAAUCUGCGCCAUCGAGCUCCUCCUUAUAUAGGUUCUACGAUUACGUACAAUCACCAACCGCACUACGUGCAGUACCACUAUAGCUGAGAUGUUGAGUAUUGUUUCUUAUUUAGGAAUUCCAUUGUCUGUCUUUGAAAAUACUCAUCAAAUGGGACCAUCGCGAAGGAAAACUUAUUCAAACAAAAAGGAAUCGUCAAAAUGGGUUCAGAAAUGUGUAAGUUAAUCG